AUGACCUCAAAUAAUGCGUCUAAAAGCAAGAAGUCGGAUAAGAAGCGGAAGGCUGCUGAGAUUUCAAACGACGAUCACUAUGCGCCUAUACCUUAUACCAUAACUUGUCCGGCACUGCCUCUCAGUCGUCGCAAAAAGACGGGAAACUAUUUCCAUGACAUCGACGACCCAGGCGAUGAGUCGCUCAAGGUCGAGUACACAGUUGAACCCGGAACCAGGUGGAACGACUUGAAAGCCUACAGAAAGAUGAAGUACGUGGAUCAUGAAUUUCAUCAAGGCAAUUUCAUCUUUGUCAAUCGAGCCGAAAGACCACCUGAACCCCCUUCUGAGGAUGCGACUGAUGACGAGUUGAUCGAGUGGCAACGUAAGCACAUGUGGGUUGGUCGUAUUCAACAAGUAAAAGCUGCGAAAGCCGAUGAAGUAUUGGUACGAGUAUUCUGGCUUUACUGGCCUGAAGAGUUGCCUUCUGGUCGCGCUCCAUAUCAUGGAAAGCACGAGAUGGUCCUGAGUAACCAUGCCGAUAUUAUCGACGCGACUUCCAUGUCGGGACUUGCCGAUGUCACUUUUUGGGACGAGAAGGACGACACAGAUGCGCCCAUGGGUCAGAUCUACUGGAGGCAGACGCUCGAUUUCACUAAAACUGGGCGCAAUGGCAAAGGACGCCUCAGUCCGCUUAGAAAGCACUGCAAGUGCCGCAGCGAAUACUGUCCCGAUCUUGUCAUGUACAAGUGCCAUGUCAAUGAGUGCGCCAUAUGGAAUCAUCAAGAGUGCCUCGAGGAACGCUUGAUGCAAGAGCUUGAGGCGAAAUUGCAGAAAGGAUCUCUCAAGAGUUACCUCGAUCGUCGAGCCGAAGCAUGGAACGAAGAACGAGAAAAGCAGACAUGGACUUUAGGGGAGACAAUUGCUGUGGGAGCCGAAAAGGUCGAGAGCCUCUUCCACAGAGCGCGAGAUUCCGUCAUGCAUCAGAUCGAGGGCCGCGUUGAUCCUUCUGAUACGACUGAUGACAAAUUUGAUGCCGCUGCUGCACUGACGCCCCGAUCUAAGGCAAAGGCAGCAGCCGAUGCAGUGGUCAAGCUGGAGCAGCAGGAGCAGCAGCAGCAGACGGCCGUUCGUACCGAGGGUCGUCUAAGCAUCGAAAUCAAGCAGACCGGUGCGAAGGCCAGCGUUGUUGCAGAGGUCAAGCUACUCCCAGGAAAAGGACCAACUUCGACAGAGACCAAAUCUUGGGAGAUCCAGCUUGAUUGCUUACAAUGCAACAAGCCGUUGGAUUGA